AUGACCUCGCAACACUUGAAGCGGCCUAUUCUAAGCGAGCUCCUCAUGGUGUCAAGGAGAUCUUGCUGGGAAGAUCCAGUCAGCUCCUUGGGGCCGAUAACUUGCACGAGGCGAGCUCCUUACGUGGUAUCACCGAAGGUUACUUUUGGUAGUGCAGUGGAUUGCGGAAAAAAUUCAUCGACAGCUAGAAUUUCCAGUGUUAUAUCAGACUACCUUCAGUAUCAUAGUAGGACAUUACUGAUCAAUGGUGGGUUAUUGCCAGUUUCCCAGUAUGCUGUUGAGGUUAUCAAGAUUUUAAAAGGGAAUUUAAGGUUAAGAAAAUCCCAGUUUGAAGAAAUCUUCUGGAAAGCAGUUUGGCCUCGCCUAUUGGCGAAAGGCUGGCACUCAGAGCGAGUGAAGGAUCACAAGACGCUCGGACUAGACCAAUCCUUGGUUUUUCUUGUGUAUGAUGUUCAUAAGUUUUCAAGUACACUUGUUAAAGGCGAGCAAUACUUUGAUUCUGUUACUGAUGUUCUUAACAAAGUGGCAUCUGAGCCGACGAUUCUCGGGUCCCAAAGGAAGCAAGCUCUAGAACCUGGGCGAAAGAAGUUCACGGUUAUGGAUACUAGUGCUAUGCUUGACGAAGCGAAAUCGCUCAAGUUCAGAAAAGUCAGGAAUUUACCUGCUCAAACUACCAGUGUGGAUAAUGUAGAAAUUUCAUCUGAGAAGUCAGAAGACAAUGCAGAAAACAUCUCUGGAAAUGGAACAUUUCAUGACUCAACUAAUGGCCUAGAGCCAGUUAUGGAAGCCAUGAAAGAUCAAGAAAGUCCAGCAAAGAAGCACCUGAUUAGUGGAAUGAAUAAUUUAACUACUAUUAGCUCAUUAGGGAAAGGCGAUAACAGAGAUGGGAGCGACGGGGGCAUUGUCCACGAUGCUCGAUUGGAUGGAGAAGUCACUUCAGUAAAGUCUCCACCUCAGAAACAUACAUUUGGCUUGAACAUUCCCUAUGUUUCACCAGAAACCGAGACAGACAUGACACAAAACAGUUACGGUUCGCGCGAAAAGAGGAUACCGAUUGACUUGAACAUUCCUUGCAUAGACAAGUUACAGAACAAUGGUGAUUCAGACAUGAAAAAAUCAUCAUCUCCAUCACAAGAAACAAGGCAGAAUAUUCCUCGGACAUUGAAUCUGCUAGCUGAUAAUGUGACUAGUGAAGACAAUCAGCCUGUGCUUGACAGUCGAAGGAAAGGCAUAAGAGAGCGGCCGAUGACGAAAAGAGCCUUGGAAGCACUUGAAGAUGAGUUCUCCAACACAAGGACAUGGAAAAGGGUUAAAGUCCCUUCACAAAAGAACUCAAAGGCUUGA